GCCGAGAUAGAGGAAAAACGGAGGAAGCAGCAGGAGGCUGCAGAGAACAAGACAAAAGAGAGCAAGAGAGAUUCAGUGAGGGUUUCCAGCCCAGGGAUCUCACCGCAGAGCAGGACGAUAAACAGAGAGAAGACGAAGAGGAGGACACGAGUGAGAGCUGAGAAGGGUAAGGAAAAGCACGUGGUACCGGAAACGAUGAGCUCAGAUACAGACGUGAGUAAUGAGGAAACGACAACCGAAUCAAGCGAAGACUCGGAGGAAGAAACACUACGGAUUAUUCGGCUACUUCGUACCAAGAAGCAACGAUCGAAGGCGAAGAAAGCACGAGGACGAAAGAGAACUGUGAAGAAGACACCACCGAGCGAGUACUCAAGAGGAGAAUGUUCGAGGAGACCUGAGACUACAGCAACGCGGGUGAAAACGGUAACAGAAGAACCGAGAACACCGCUUACUGGAGGGUACAAAGGCAUUGCAGCAGGGUGUUCACAAGGGGGUUUCGUCGACUACACGUUACAAGUACUCCAACAAUUCUCAGCGAAAAAAGUUCCACAGCUCCGAGAGAUUUGUGAGAAAGAAGGGAUAAGAUCUACAAGAAAGGAUGAAAUGAUUAUGGAACUGGUCAAGAGACAGACGAAGCGGGCUUAUGGAGAUUUCUUCGAUACACCGCAGAAGCAAGACGAAGAGAAGCAGAACAGCCAAAAGACGGAGGCCGUAGACAAGACCCCGUUGGAAGUAGUCAAGACGGCGCAAGAGGAGAAGGCCGGUGCUACGGAGGUGGUUUUUAUUGCGGGAAAGCAAUGGACGAACGGAUGGAGAAAGAUCAGUACGGUAUUUGGGAUGACAGAGGUCGAAGUCAGGGGAAAGAUGGUGUUGCUGAAGCACGCGAAGUCGGCAUGCCAAUUGGGGGGGAAGGUGAAGUUUGUGCGUUUUCGCAAAACUACCACCACCACUGAACGAUAUAAGCUUGAACUGAUUAGGCUUUUGAAGCAUCCCAAACUGACUACUUCUCUUUCCCAACAGUCGACGACUAAGUUAGUAGGUUUCUAUAGGACGGCUAACUUAUUCGGUAGGAAAGAGAUGAGAGAAAAAUUGAAGCUGAAAAUAGAUCGAUCUCUGAGAAAGAAGAUGGGAGUUAGUGUGAGGCGGAGAGUGAUUGUCGAAUAUCCAUAUAACGCAUCGAUUCAGACAACUGAAGUCAGACGACAGACAGAGGCGGUGGUCGAUGGAAAGCUGAGCGACAAGGCUUUGGCCACGUUUGUGAAGAGAAAGGUGAGAAUAGUAAGUACGCGGAACAGGACGGUAGGGGAAGUUGCGCAUAAUCAUAGGUCCCACACCCAUACCAAAGCGGUGCGAUGCCCUUGUGAGGCUUGCGAUCUGCCGAAGCGAGAUGGUCACGUGCUCACACGGAUGUCCGAGAUGACCGACGCGCCGAGGUUCUUACAAAAUGCGCGGAAUGUUACGAGGCCAAAUGCUGAGACAUACUGGAAGGAUAUUAUCCAAGGGAUAUGCGCGGCGACAGCCCACCUAAAAGGAGGUUCACGGAAUGGAGUGAACGAAGCGUUUGCUGAUUCCUGUUUUAAGUCAGAGAGUGAACGAUGUGGGGCAUGGACAGAAAGUGAGGUACGGGUGUGGUUUUCCCGUUACCCAGAUCUGGUCCUCGCGCCUGUAGAUCGCAAUCCUGGCGAUACUGCUAUGAUCUGCCCGGUGCUGUACAGGCACGGGUUUGGGAGCGUUUUCACCUGGAAUCGAGACUACGAGACAGUGACGGAACAAGAAGACGAAAUUCUGGCGAAAUGCAGAAGGGAUUUCGAAGAAGCAGGGAUUGUUGAGAUUGGGAAGUGGAAGACGGAUGGGAGGUUUGGGAAAGCCUAUGUGAUACCGAAGGAUAAAGACCUGCAACGCUGGAGACCGAUUGCUCCAACGUGCAAUGACCCAACUGUGGCAGCACAAAGAAGGGGUGCGAGAGCUUUGCAUUGCCUCAUCAUAAGGUUCUCCAAAACGAAGAAUUUUCAUUUGAAGUCGACAAUGGAGCUCAAGAGUGAUCUGGGGAAAGCGGAAGACAUGUUGAGGAAGGAAGGAUGCGAUAGGGCGAUGGGAAGAUGCUACGAUAUCAAAGAGAUGUUCUCUUCGAUAUCGCAUCAAUCUGUGAGAAACGCAGUAUCAGAUCUGGUGAUGUACUUUGAAGAGCAAGGAUGGAGACAAGUAAGAGUUGCAAUCAGAGGGAAACUAUGCCAGCUAUCGAAGACAUACCGCAAAGAGGCUGGGUUUAUCUCGGUGAAACUCGAUAUGAUUAGGACAAUCGUGGAUUAUGACCUCACGCACACAUAUAUGACGCAUGGGGAGGUAGUAAGGAAGUAAAUUAUGGGGAUUCCUAUGGGAAGGAUUACAAGCCCUGUGUUGGCAACCGUGACAUGUGCGAUGGCAGAGUUUGCUUUUCUC